AUGGCUAACAACGUGACCGCUACCAAAGAGGCUACCAAGCGUACAUUCACCUGCAGUUUCUUCCGUGAGGAUAUGACACGUCUGAUUCAGUUGAGCACUUUAGUUACUGGGCAUAACUUGGAUGAGUUCAGAAAGACGUAUGGCCAUAUCUUACACAUCUUGACUUCUCACGUUGAUGAAUGGGCUCUAUACACGCUUCUUCAGUUCUAUGAUUCUGAGCUACGUUGUUUUACCUUUCGAGACUAUCAACUGGCUCCUACCCUUGAAGAGUAUGCUGACAUUCUCAAGAUUAAGGUUCAACGUAAAAUCCCUUUUGUGUGUGUACCUGAGAAGCCAAGAAUGGACCAAAUUGCUAGUGCUCUUUAUUUGAGCAUGAAGGACGUUACAGGUAACUGGAAGCCUAAUGGUGGAACCCACGGAUUGCAUGUGAAAUAUCUGAUAAAGAAGGCCGAUGCCCUUGCUGUUGAGAAGAAAUGGAAAGAAUUCAACGCUCUCCUAGCCGUUAUGAUCUAUGGUUUGGUGUUGUUCCCGAAUAUUCCGAAUUUCGUCGAUCUAACUGCUGUUUGUCUCUUCAUGGAUCAAAAUCCUGUGCCCACUCUUCUAGCGGAUACUUAUUAUACCAUUCACUCCAGGUAUGGGAAGAAAGGAUCAGUUGGGGGUUGUUUACCGUUGCUAUAUGAGUGGUUCACUUGA